UCCAAAAUUUAGACUAUAAGGAAAAUGGCACUUGAAUGAGUAAUAAUUAACACUGGAGUCAUUGUUAUCGAAUAUGUUCAUUCUACUUUGUUCAUAUCAACGAUAAUAGCUAAUUUAAUCAUCAGUGUACUAUAUCUUUUCCUGCACAUAAAAGAGCCAGAAAUCUUCCUCAUAUGGGCACUUUCAAGCGUUGUAUUUCACACUAUUUCCUAUGUGACUUACAUCACACGUCCCAUUAAUAGCCAUCCGAAUGUCUGCAGGAGGUUCCUUCGGAUGACUCUUCCUGAGCAAAUGUGGAAAUUUAUUCUCUGUAGAUGGCUUUAUAAAUAUGUAGAAAAGUAUGCUAUAAUUUCACAUCUGAUUCAUAUGACUGGUAUGCUACUGUUCUGUCUAUUAUUCGGACUCUACCUCAAUCCUCUGCUCCAUGAAAGUUAUAACAGGGAAGAUUCUCCGAAAGGUGAUGAAAUUGCAGUAGGACAAUUUGCGUUCAUCUCCUCGAUCUGACUUGGUCUGGAUAUUUUCAUCAUGGAAAUACUGAUAGCUUUAUCAAUGAUCCCAGUUCUACCAAUUUCAGCCCUGAUUUAUCUUUGAAGCUACUGAUGCUGUUGUCCAAAAGUUCGAAGGGUUAUGAAUGAAAAGCAAGACAAUGAUGAAGACUCUGAUGACGAGGAAGCUGAAUUCUUCAGAAAGUUUAAGAAAGGAGAGACGUUACAGCAACUCUUACUUUAUAUUUACCAAAACAAUAAGAUCAUUUUUAAGAAAGCUAAUUUCAGGGAUCAUUGUGAAGAACUUACCACAAAUGUAGCCUCUUCACCGAAGAAAAGAGAUAAUGAAUCAUUUUUUUAGAGAGGAAGCCCUUAGCAAAGAUCAGCCAAGAGAUGAAAGUUUUAUUACCAACGAAGUCACGCGUAAAAUUACCGAAAUGGAGCUAUUAGAUGAUAUCAGCGAGAAUGAGUGCCCAGAUACUUCCCUUACUCCUGUUCGGGCUUACGACCCUGCCCUUCAAGCAUUUAUUGAAGAUGUUCACAGAGAAUUUGAUCUGGAUAGUGACUCGAAUGACAAAUCCAUUUCAAUAAAUCAAAGGAGAUCUGAGGAGAAAAAACAUUUACAGAUCAAAAAUAUGAAGGACAAACGAACCAGAUUACUAUCCGAACAUAUCCAGCCGGCUAAUAAAAUUGUGAAAAGAACUUUUAAAAAAACAGGAGCUUCAUUUAAAGUUAUUCGCGGCAGGACAUCAAUGAAGAAGAUCGAUCGUGGUGUGCUCUGCACAAUAUGACAAGACGAUGCAAAUGAAAAUGACUCUAUGCUGCAGCUUGAUUGAGGUAAAACUCAUAUUCUACACUUUGGGUGCUUGAAAGAAUGGGUUACUAGGAAGCCAGAAUGUCCUUCCUGACGUUCAGAUCUUAUAAAGCUCUACAGCAAAAAAAUCUUAGAGGAAGCUAAAAAGAAUAACGAGAUAUUUGAAGAGGAUGGCUGUGUAUACGCUGAGGAUUUGAUUCCAAUGAAAAAAGCAAAGAUCAAACUCUUCAAACAAAUAGAGGCCUUUGAAAAUCAAGAGAAAAAAGAUGACAAUGCAUCUUUAUCAAUUCUUCAAAGGGUGUAAUUUUAAUAGCAUUCAAUUU